AUCAGGAUCAAAGAGUCCAGAGAGUUGCAAACCUACUGGGCGGGGAAUCAAGGGUGUCUCCAGGGGCCCCCCGGGCUCAGCAGGUGCAGACAGGCGAGGACUUUGCUAAGCAAAUUCCCUGCACACACCCUACCCCACUUCAUCAUAUCUGGGGCCCCCACCCUGUGCUCUCAUUCGCCAUCCCUGCCAUGCUCGGCCUCGCUCUCCUGGGCCUCACGGCUCUCUUGGACCAUGGGGAGGGCGCAAUGUCGUGCUUGUCACAGCAGCUCAGGAUGCAGGGGGACUAUGUGCUGGGUGGGCUCUUCCCUCUGGGCUCUGCCGAGGGUACAGGUCUUGGCGACAGGCUGCAGCCCAAUACUACCGUGUGCACCAGGUUCUCGUCUCCGGGCCUGCUCUGGGCACUGGCCGUGAAGAUGGCGGUGGAGGAGAUCAACAACGGGUCUGCCCUGCUGCCCGGGCUGCACCUGGGCUAUGACCUCUUUGACACGUGUUCAGAGCCCAUGGUGGCCAUGAAGCCCAGCCUCAUGUUCAUGGCCAAAGCAGGCAGCUGCAGCAUUGCCGCCUACUGCAAUUACACACAGUACCAGCCCCGCGUGCUGGCCGUCAUCGGGCCCCACUCGUCCGAGCUCGCCCUUGUCACCGGCAAGUUCUUCAGCUUCUUCCUUGUGCCUCAGGUCAGCUACGGCGCCAGCACCGACCGGCUGAGCAACCGGGAGAUCUUCCCGUCCUUCUUCCGCACGGUGCCCAGCGACCGAGUGCAGGUGGCGGCCAUGGUGGAGCUGCUGCAGGAGCUCGGCUGGAACUGGGUGGCGGCGGUGGGUAGUGACGACGAGUAUGGCCGGCAGGGCCUGAGCCUCUUCUCCGGCCUGGCCAACGCCAGGGGCAUCUGCAUCGCGCAUGAGGGCCUGGUGCCACUGCCGCCAGGCAGCCUGCGGCUGGGCGCCCUACAGGGCCUGCUGCGCCAGGUGAACCAGAGCAGCGUGCAGGUGGUGGUGCUGUUCUCCUCCGCCCACGGGGCCCGCGCCCUCUUCAGCUACAGCAUCCGCUGCAAGCUCUCACCCAAGGUGUGGGUGGCCAGUGAGGCCUGGCUGACCUCAGACCUGGUCAUGACGCUGCCCGGCAUGCCUGGGGUGGGCACCGUGCUGGGCUUCCUGCAGCAGGGCGCCCCGAUGCCGGAGUUCCCGUCCUACGUGCGGACCCGCCUGGCCCUGGCCGCUGACCCUGCCUUCUGCGCCUCGCUGGACGCUGAACAGCCAGGCCUGGAGGAGCACGUGGUGGGGCCACGCUGCCCCCAAUGUGACCACGUCACGCUAGAGAACCUAUCUGCGGGGCUGCUGCACCACCAGACCUUCGCUGCCUACGCGGCUGUGUAUGGCGUGGCCCAGGCCCUUCACAACACACUGCGCUGCAAUGCCUCGGGCUGCCCCAGGCGGGAGCCUGUGCGGCCCUGGCAGCUCCUAGAGAACAUGUACAACGUGAGCUUCCGUGCUCGCGGCCUGGCACUGCAGUUCGACGCCAGCGGGAACGUGAAUGUGGAUUACGACCUGAAACUGUGGGUGUGGCAGGACCCGACGCCCGAGCUGCGCACCGUAGGCACCUUCAAGGGCCGCCUGGAGCUCUGGCGCUCUCAGAUGUGCUGGCACACGCCGGGGAAGCAGCAGCCCGUGUCCCAGUGCUCCCGGCAGUGCAAGGAGGGCCAGGUGCGCCGCGUGAAGGGCUUCCACUCUUGCUGUUAUGACUGCGUGGACUGCAAGGCGGGCAGUUAUCAGCGCAACCCAGAUGACCUCCUCUGCACCCAGUGUGACCAGGACCAGUGGUCCCCAGACCGGAGCACACGCUGCUUCCCCCGCAAGCCCAUGUUCCUGGCAUGGGGGGAGCCAGCUGUGCUGCUACUGCUCGCGCUGCUGGCUCUGGCGCUGGGCCUGGCGCUGGCGGCCCUGGGGCUCUUCCUCUGGCACUCGGACAGCCCUCUGGUUCAGGCCUCAGGUGGGCCACGGGCCUGCUUUGGCCUGGCCUGCCUGGGCCUGGUCUGCCUCAGUGUCCUCCUGUUCCCUGGCCAGCCAGGCCCUGCCAGCUGCCUGGCCCAGCAGCCACUGUUCCACCUCCCACUCACUGGCUGCCUGAGCACGCUUUUCCUGCAAGCGGCCGAGAUAUUUGUGGGGUCGGAGCUGCCACCAAGCUGGGCUGAGAAGAUGCGUGGCCGCCUGCGGGGGCCCUGGGCCUGGCUGGUGGUGCUGCUUGCUAUGCUGGCAGAAGCCGCAUGGUGUGCCUGGUACCUGGUAGCCUUCCCGCCAGAGGUGGUGACGGACUGGCAGGUACUGCCCACAGAGGCGCUGGUGCACUGCCACGUGCACUCGUGGAUCAGCUUCGGCCUGGUGCAUGCCACUAACGCCAUGCUGGCCUUCCUCUGCUUCCUGGGCACUUUCCUGGUGCAGAGCCGGCCAGGCCGCUACAAUGGUGCCCGCGGCCUCACCUUUGCCAUGCUGGCCUACUUCAUCACCUGGAUCUCCUUUGUGCCCCUCUUUGCCAAUGUGCACGUGGCCUACCAGCCUGCCGUGCAGAUGGGCGCCAUCCUCCUCUGUGCCCUGGGUAUCCUAGCCACCUUCCACCUGCCCAAGUGCUACCUGCUGCUGCAGCGGCCGGAGCUCAACACCCCUGAGUUCUUCCUGGAAGACAAUGCCAGGGCACAGGGCAGCAGUUGGGGGCAGGGGAGGGGAGAAUCGGGGCAAAAACAAGUGACGCCUGAUCCAGUGACCUCACCGCAGUGAGCCUACUAGACUUAGUUGAGAUGCCCCCAAACUGAGUUCUUAUGAAGCAACCCAGACAGUACCUCAACUGCUGAGACCACCCCCAGUUCUAGAUCUUGACAGCAGGCUGACCGCUGACCUGGAUGCCACAAUGAUCCUUGGGCCUGCAGCACUCAGGAAGGUCCUCAGCACCCACCUGGGGCCCCAGAGAGACUCUGCCCCUGUCCCAGCCAAGCCCUGGCCAGGGCCUACCCAGGUGAUCCAGCCCUACUGUUCCAGAAUAAAGCCAACAAAAGUUUCCUCGGGGCUCCUUAGCUCAGGCCAAGAGCUCAGGAAGGCCCCUAGCCAGACCACUUGAAGGCCAAGCUGGGCAUCACUUGCCUGGCCAGGCCCAGCCUGGAGACCCCAGCCAGCACCCCCUCCAAGCAUCACAGGGGUGGAAGGUUGGUGGGUGGUGGUCAGCUGUGCUGACUCCUCCGCAGAGGCACGUGACAGACCGUGGUUCCCAGAGUGGUGCAGGAAUAGUGAGCAGGGCAGAAGCCCACUUAGUGGGGGAGGGAGACACCCAAACUCUUCCCCUCCCUGGCCCAACCCAAGCGGGUAAAAUGGGGUCAGCCGCCACCAGCACCGUGGACAGAGCCCAGGCAGGGUGGUGGUGGGACUCAGCACCAAGGCCAGCACCCACGACGAAGACCCCUGGAGCCGGGAGGCAGCACCACGGACAGAAGACCAGCCACCGGGACGCUGCUGGCAGCCAGCACCGGGGACAGAGCCUUGUGGCUGACCGGGAACCCAGAGCGCAGCACCUGGCCAGUCCUGGGUCAGCUCUUAGCCAGGCCCUGAUGAGGCUGGACAAGUCUCCUAAGGUACCCCGGCAGGAGAGAAGAGACAGUCCACACGUCAGUCCCAUAAAAUUAAAUGCUUUUUAGUCUUUAAAAUAGCAUUUACACAGAAGCAGCUCUAUUAACUAUCUGGACGGACACUCUGACUUGAUACAGUAUCUACAGCGCAGAUGCGUGCAGGCCAGAAACGCCAGGAAGGAAGCGGCGUGAGUGGGUGGGCAGUCACCUGAGGACAGCAAGGAAGGGUGGGCUGCCUACCCCCUCUCCCCCAGACCCUGCCCCUGCAGCAGCUGCGUGCAUCUGUGCCCUCUGCCCCUCAGGGUCACAUCCCCACCACUGCUAGCUCAAACACAUGCCUCUCCUGUCUCUCCCUCACCAACCCUCCCACUUUCAGACACAACCUGUGUCCCUGCAUUUAGUCUGAGUCCCGGGGGCAGGGGGGCAGCUGACCUGGCCACCACCUUCCCCAGGGCACACAGGCCAGACAAUAAAUAAAUAAAUUAGAUCCCUA